UUGUUGUUGGUAACUAGGGUUUUGUUCCAGGAGGUAACUCUCUCAUACUGGUUAUUUUGUUUUGGGUAACUAGGGUUUUGUUCCAUGAGGUGACUCUCUCUUUCAUACUAGUUAUUUUGUUGUUGGUAACUAGGGUUUUGUUCCGGGAGGUAACUCUCCCUCUCUCUCAUACUAGUUAUUUUAUCGUUGGUAACUUGGGGUUUUGUUCCGGGAGGUAACUCUCCCUCUCUCAAACUAGUUAUUUUGCUGUUGGUAACGAGGGUUUUGUUUCAGAUAAUUCUCUCUAUAGUAUUAUUGUUUGUACUAUGCCAUGGCAUCUGAGUUAUUUCUACUAGGGAUUUGUGUGAUUCAUAGAGCAGUGGCCAUGAAAAGAAAAAGAAAUUCAACCCAGAAAGGCAACGAAGGAGGAGACAAUUAUGACCCUAAACAAAUUCAGAUACCGGACUCUUCAAUCACAGAUCUUCCGGGGCCUAUAAUAGUUGAUAUCCUACUAAAGCUCUCUGUAAAGAGUAUUCUAAUUUCCAGGUGCGUUUGCAAAAAUUGGCGCAGUAUAAUUUCUGACCCUCAAUUCGCCAAGCUGCAGCAUGAACAGGCAGAGCCCUGUGUUCUGCUUUAUACAGUGGAUUCAAAACAUGUGUCAAGAACGCUUUACUUGGUUGAGCCUAAAGACUGCCACAAUUUCGACCUUGGAUACUGCAUAUGUGACCACCAUACCUGUUCUCGAUGCGACCGUCAUGUGAAGCUUGACACCAAAUUGAAGAUCCCAUUGCGCAAUGCUGAAAUGGUGCUCAGUAGGGAGGAGGGUGAUGCACAAAUGGGCUGCAUCAGAGUCAGACCCAAUGAUCAAAAUUUCAAAAUUGUGAAUUUUUGCAAUGGUUUCCUUUGCUUGUCUGAACCAUCGUGUAAUGAACCUCUUGUUGUGUGUAAUCCGAUCACAGGUGAGUUUAUAAACCUUCCUGCGCCUAAAAGGAAUGAUGAGAAAACCCCAUAUUUUGUUGAUUGUGGGUUUGGCUUCAGUCCGAGAACUAAUCAGUACAAGGUGAUUAGAAUGUUUGAACGGUGGAUUGGUGAUCCCCCUACCCAUGUUAUGGGUGUACACACACCAGCAAUGGGUAGGAUAAAUUAUAGUAAGGAGAUUGAGAUUUACACACUCGGCGAAGGAUCAUGGAAAAGUAUUGGUGAUGCUCCCUUUUGUUAUUCUAAGCUACUGUCUCCCACUUAUCUGGAGGGAUGUGUCCAUUGGUUGCUCUGUCUUGAAUCUGGGGGAGGUUCUACUGUUUAUAUAGUAUCUUUUAGCUUUGACAAUGAGCAGUUGCAAUUGUUUCCAUCGCCUCCUCGUGAAAAUGAUAAAUCUGAUAUAUAUUGUGCCGCCAUAAUCGCUGGUUUGAGUAAGAAGCCUAAUGUGUCCAUGGGAGUGCUAGAUGGCUGUCUAUGCAUAUGUGAUGCCUCCGGUUAUGAUAAUGAUACCAUUGACAUAUGGGUUAUGAAGAAAUAUGGUGUUCGGGAAUCUUGGACAAAGGUGUUCUCUAUUGACAAUCAACCUCAUCAGGGAAGGUCUCGUGGUUUAUAUCAGCCAAUAAAUUACCUGAAAAAUGGGGCAGUAUUGAUGUUUCAUUAUCUUAAAUGUGUUCUGAUUUGUUAUGACACGGAAAGAUCAAAAUUUAAAUACCUUAAGAUUUGUGGUGCUGAAUCAAAAUUUGAAGCAAUUUCUUAUGCUCCCAGUUUCAUUUCACUCAAGGAAGCCAUUGUUGGUGACAAUGUGGCUGUGCUGAACAUGAGUUCAAGGUGUGGAAGAAUCAAAGUGCAGGGAGAGACUAAAGCUCUUUCAUUGGCAGAAGAAGAUAGGGAAACGGAAGUUGAUUCAGAUUGCUCGUCUUCUGAUAAGGAAUGGUUGAAGAAUUGGUGGGAAAGGUAUUGAAACCAAAAUGUCUGCUAAAAUAACCAGUCAAUAUAAUCAGAGCUAUUAUAUCUGGAAUUGUGGAGUUGGAAGUAUACAUUUCCUACAACCUCCUCAAGUUGAUAUUUUGCUUACUACUAGCAGUUUUGGGUACCUUUUGUGGUUAUGGGGAGCCUAUUGAGUGCAUUUGGUGGAUCACUUUUAAAUUCUUAGGUGAUGGAAAGUAUAUUGAGAACUAAACAAAGUAAGAUAAAACUAAAAUUAUUGUAGCAGGGCCUUUAUGUAAUUUGGGACAAAUUAAAAGUUUAUGGCCUUAUUUUCUUUGAACUUUAAAUGAUCCCACAUUUUAUGUAAUGUACUUAUAUAUGUUUCACAUGUAAAGGUCCAAGAGUUCCAUUUGAUUUUGUACUUCUCUGAAUGAGAAGAUAAACAACACUCUUUAACUUUAACUGGUAGCUGUAGAACUUGCUUUGGCUUCUUCAGUAUUCACUCUCAAGGGGCUUUUUGGCUGUUGAA